AUGGUGACAAAUAGCAUCUUUUCCACUUCGGUGUUUGAGCAACUUCUUCGAAACGUUAACGUCAACCGCACCUUUGCUGUUCCCCCCUUGCGAAAUAUUUUCCCAAUCGGACAUACGAUUUCCCGAUCACCAUCGCAGGCGGAAGCUGUUUUGAGUCAGCUUUCUGAUUCAAUCAUAGAUCUAACCGAUGAAGGAGUGCUAUACAAGUCAAGUUCUGUCGAUUCAGUUUCCAUCAAACCACCCUAUUCGUACAUAGCUCUGAUUACAAUGGCAAUAAUGCAAUCACCGAAUCAGCGACUCACAUUAUCAGGCAUUUGUGAGUUUAUAAUGCAAAGAUUCCCAUACUACAGAGAACGCUUUCCUGCAUGGCAAAACUCAAUUAGGCACAAUCUUUCCCUUAACGACUGCUUUGUCAAAGUUCCUCGCGAACCCGGUAACAAUGGUAAGGGUAACUACUGGACACUUGAUCCCAAUUCGAAGGGCAUGUUUGAGCAUGGGAGUUUUUUACGACGUAAGAAGCGAUACAAGAGGCACUACCAGCGUUCUCUGUGCGGAAUAGGAAGUAGGAGUGGAAGCUUAUCACUGGCCGCACCUAUGGCAGUUAGUACUCUUACGCAAUAUCCCCAUUCCUUGGUUUGCCCUCACAGGGCGAGACCGUGGGUCAUAGAUGCAGAGCAGAGAACUUUUCUUCCUCCGAUCUACUAUCCAUCUGUCGUAGAGUCCAGUUCUGCUACAAUCGUGAAAAAGGUCACUAGUCUACACUCAACAACCACGCAAACCGCACCCUCUCUUUCCUUCAGCAUAGACUGGAUACUCGGACCUUCUGACGUAACGUAG